AUGAGCUACAACUAUUCUUACAUCCCUGCGCCUGCGAUGCAGGAGAGCUCCUAUGCUGGGCCCUCAGGCCACGAGUCCCUAGAGGAAACCGACUAUAAUUUGCCUCGCUAUGGGCUCCAACCUGCCAUCGACAACAACGCGACGAGCUUCGUCCCUCCCUUUCAGAACUUGGGCCAUGAGCCCUACGUCUCCAGGACGCUUUCCCUGCCGAUGAAUAUGGCUACGAACGAGUAUGCUCCAGCAGCACGCAUGCAUACCGUGUCCAUGGCAGAAGACCCCUGGGCGCCGGUAGUAGAUCCCCCGACGCACCCGUUCGAUGAUGCCUAUAAGGCAUUCUCUUCAUACGCCAGCAAUACUGGCGUAAACAUAGAGCAGCCUGCUCCCCUGGGCGCCGCCACCCUCUAUCAAUUGUCCAACCGGCCCCUCAGCCCCUUGAGCCGCCCCGCCUGUCUCUGCCUCCCCACUCAGCUGUACCAUCACGCGUCGGUGGCGGCCUCGCCAGUUGCUUCAAGCUCAUCAUCGCACGAGACCGCCACGUUCUCCGACGGCACAUCGGACUCCGACCAUUGGCAAUCCACCUUUCCAGAUAACGAUGAGGGCUCCAACCAUCCCUCUCUUCCCUUCCCGUUGUACAACGAUGUGCGCCAGAACGCCGCCGUACAAUAUCCCACCAACGUCCUCGAGUACUUUGAGGCCCUUGUAGCUCAAGAGCCCCCGUCGGCUUGCAGUCCGUUCACUGCCCCGCAUGUGGCGGCCGGCCCCAGUCAGACCAGCGUCGGAGCUCCUCAGGUCCCACAGCCGGCUUCCCGACCUCCAACUUUCCCUCCAGAGGAGCCCGUUCUCGGCCCGCAUGACCCCCUACUCGUCCUGGAGGACGGCAUGGUUCAGUGCAACCUCCAUGGUUGCGCACGCAAAUGCCAAAAUAAAAGCGAUCUCAGGCGGCAUCGCUCAGCGCUGUUUCACGUUCCUCACCAAUUCCUGUGUGGACGGGGCUGCGGGACCUUGUUCACGAGGGAUGAUUCGGCGAAAAGGCACUUCGAUAACGAGACUUGUCUCAAACCUACUUUCAAAAGACCCACGUCCAAAGGAAUCAACAAACGCACUACUCGUGGAGGGAACGGUAGAGUAAAGAAGAAAGGUAUCAGCGACACUGAGGGCCUGAAUACCUACUUCCGGUCAUGA